AUGAAGUCUUUUGAGCACCAUGUACUGUUCCACCUUAAAACCAUCAGCAACCCACCCCUGGACCCCCUGCAGUUCACUUACAGAGCCAACAGCUCCACCUUAAGCACCAUCAUCCCGGAUCUGCUGCAGGACAAGCUGUCCCAACUGCAUUUGCCUGACUCCACCUGCAGGUGGAUCACCAACUUCCUAUUGGACAGGAAGCAGCACAUGAAGCUGGGGAAACGCAUCUCUGACUCUCAGUUCAUCAGCACUGGUACCCCUCAAGGCUGUAUCCUGUCCCCUCUACUCUUCCCCUUGUAUACAAACAGCUUCACCUACAGUCACCACUGUGCGAUGCCUUGUCAUACGGCCUCGCUCCUGGUCCCCCUGCUGGGCCUGUCUCUGUAUGGGAUGGUGCAAAGCUGUCUGGAGGAUCCUGCCGCGGCCUACCGCUACACCGGAGCUGUCUGCAGGCUCACCUAUCCAGCCGCUGUUGUCCUGAAUGAGAAGGCCACCAAGGUCAUCGAGGCGGCGUUCCAGCAUGCCAGGUAUCCGAAUGUGAAAGGAGAGAAGUCGCUGCUGUUUAUAGGCAGAGUCAUAUACGGCCUGGAGAAUUUGGAGAUCCACAACCUGUCCAUUGGUCGAAGUGAAUUUGAGCUCCACCCAGGUGAGGGCAUUGCAUUGACGAUAAGCAACGUAUCGGCGGUGUUCAGAGGGACCAUCCAGUAUGGAUACGGCAGCUGGCUGGUCAACGUUGCCCAUUCAAUAGACUUUGAAAUUGAGUCCCAGAUUGAUCUUGGACUUAAUCCCAGACUUUACUGUGGUAAAGGAAUGGUGGCAGCAACCGUUUCGGACUGUUUUCUGAACUUUCACAAGCUUCGUCUGCUGCUGCAGGGGGACAGAGAACCACACUGGCUAAAGCGGCUGUUCACCGACUUCAUCAGUUUCACUGUCAAACUGGUCAUCAAAGGACAGAUUUGUCAAGAAAUCAACAAGGUGGCAAACAUACUGGCUGAAUUCAUACAAAAAACAGCAGAGCAGUUCCUGAGUGAUGGAGACAUCAGUAUGGAUAUCGGUGUUACUGCUGCCCCUGUCAUCACUACCAGUUAUCUAGAAUCAUACCACAAGGGUCUGACCAACUACAACAACAUUUCUGCUGUCAUCAAUGACUCAGUUUUCCAUCCCAGCCAGCUAACCGAAGAGAGAAUGCUCUACUUCUGGAUAUCAGACCAGGUCUUUAACCCAGUGAUUACUGCUGCCCAGCAAGAUGGACGCUUCCAACUCAACAUUUCGGGAGCAGAGAUAAUUGAACUAUUCAAGACAGAGCUGUCCACUCCCAUGCCUGAAUUCAUAAGCCAGUGUCUAAUAGUGUCAGGUUCUCCAGAGCUUAGGGUGUGGAGUUCUUCUGUCCCCCACUUCAAAACCUCUGGCCUGGGUGCCAGGGUCAGGGCACAAGCCUCCGGGGAGCUCCACUGUGGAAGUCCACGCUCACCUACAUUCUCCUUUCAAACGGAAGUGGAAGUGCUGGUCACAGCUUCCUAUGCUGACAAGAGACUCUUUCUCAAUGGCAACGCCUCAGAAAUCUCUAUACUCCGGGCAGAGCUAUUAUCAGACAAUCAACAGAUGGACGAGGUGCAUCUUGAAUACGUAAGAGAGGCUGUGGAGAAGAUAGGCAUCCCUAAGGUCCUAUUUGUUCUGGCAUCAGAGCUAACGAAAUUAUUGGACAAACAAGGGACCAAUUUGUUUGACAUCUUUAACCCAGAGGUGCUUCCUCAGGAUGGCUUUGUGGUGAUCAAGAUGGACUUUGGUUUCCCUCAUCAUCUCCUGGUUGAGUUCCUUAGGAAGACGCUGGACUAAUCUGGCAUAACUCCCCCGAGUGUUUUGAAUCAAAUUGAUAUAAAAACAGAUUAUAAAGAAAUUUGAUUCUCUUAGUGUUUCAGGAAAAAAUAUCUGUAACAAUGUUCUUCAUUGUAAUUAUAAAGGCUUGUGAUGCAUG